AUGUCAAAGAAAACCCUCUUAGCAAUGCUGAUAAAGUGUGGAGGUAAGGCAAUUUAUAAAAGAAGGAAAUAUAUGUAAACAUGGACUAGAUGACCUUAGUGGCAGGGUAAUUUUUGUAAUUACCAUACUUAGGUGUCCAACUAGUUCUAAUAAUCAGAUCAGGAGGUAAACUGAAAAAUAACUCAAUUUUAUGAUAUUUUGUAUCAUUAGCCAUGUUGGUACAAUUAGUACAUAACUGCAUUGCAGUUAUAUGUAUUGAAGAUUACUAUCAAAGGACGAAUAUUGGUGUUGUACCAUUGCUACAUUAAACGGGAUGUCAUUUAGCAUAUUUUUUUGUUCUUUACAGAAGGUGAAUGUGGUGAUACUGUGGUGAAAAAACCAAAUGCAGCAAUCCCACACAGUUUUAUCAACAUAAUCCACAACUUGCAAGUAUCUGCAAACAUUACAUUGGAAGAUGCAGUGAAGCAAGUCAGGAAUAAUUUGGUUCCAGUGGACUAUACUCCAUAUCCAUUCAAAAAGGAUACAGAAAAAUAUUUUCUUGAUAUGCUGAGGAGCUUGGUUGCAACAUGCAUAUACAGAGAUAAGAUCAAAUUGGAGGGUACAAAAGCUGGACCCCCUCAUCUGGACCCCCUUCUGGACCCCCUUCUGGACCUCUCAGAAUAUAAAAUAAAUUCAAAAUAG